UUGUGCCCGACAGAUCGCUUCAGCGUUACUCGUGCACCAAUAAGCCAAGGCAGCGCUGGCACCACCAGAUACAUGACCAACACACCAUGGAAAACCAGACCAUGGACUGGUCACAGACCACUGAGUUUGACUAUGGCGAUUCAACCCCAUGCCCAGGAAUUGAGGAAAAGCACUUUGCAGCACAGCUGCUGCCACCACUUUAUUCUCUAGUGGUGGUAUUUGGCCUCACAGGCAACCUGCUGGUUGUCCUUAUCCUGGUGAAAUACAAGAGGUUGAAGAGCAUGACUGACAUCUACCUGCUCAACCUGGCAGUUUCUGAUUUGCUCUUUAUAUUUUCCCUCCCUUUUUGGGCUUAUUAUGCUGCUCACGACUGGAUUUUUGGGGAUGUGCUGUGUAAAAUGCUCUCAGGUCUCUACCUGCUUGGCUUCUACAGUGGCAUCUUUUUCAUCAUCCUGCUGACCCUAGACAGGUACCUGGCCAUUGUGCACGCUGUGUUUGCUCUGAAGGCCAGGACAGUGACCUAUGGCAUCCUCACCAGUGCUGUCACCUGGGCUGUGGCUCUCUUUGCUUCUGUGCCCGGGGUAGUGUUCCACAGGUCUCAGAAGGAGCAUGCACGUUACACCUGCAGCGCUCAUUAUCCAUCAGAGCAGAGAAAUGUCUGGAAGCAAUUCCUGACCUUAAAGAUGAACAUCGUGGGGCUUGUUAUUCCAAUGCUAAUCAUGAUCUGCAGCUACACACAAAUCAUAAAGACCUUACUGCAGUGUAGGAACGAGAAGAAACAUAAAGCAGUCAGGCUGAUUUUCGUCAUCAUGAUUGUCUACUUUUUUUUCUGGACCCCCUACAACAUUUGCAUUCUCUUGCGGGACUUUCAAGGUACAUUUUCCUUUGCCACUUGUAAAGGCAGCGGUCAGCUACACAAAGCAACCCAAGUGACAGAGACCAUCUCGAUGGUCCACUGCUGCAUCAACCCUGUGAUCUAUGCCUUUGUGGGAGAAAAGUUCAGGAAGUACCUGCAGAGGUUCUUCCGGAAGCAGAUUGCAGUCCACUUUUCCAAGUACUGCCCCGUGUUCUACACGGACACGGCCGAGCGAGCCAGCUCCACCUACACACAGUCCACGGGAGAGCAGGAAGUCUCUGCUGCAUUGUGAGCUGUGGCUACAGAAACAGCGGCACUGGCUUCUGUGAAACCAUCUCUGCGGUGAAAGCCUGCAGAACCUGUCUGGACGCUGGCUGGGAGGCAGCUGCCACGGAUGGCAGAAUACACCUUUACACAGCUCAUCUCUGCUCAUCCCUUGUGGCGCUUGCGCAGAGAUGAAAAGGAUGUAGUGAACUUGCUACCCAGGUGUGCCAGCAUGGGAUUCUCAGGGAAAAAAGGGCCCUAUGUUUUUGCAAAUGCCAAAGAAUACUCUUGUACUACAGGGCCCAAACCCACAGGAGGGUUACAAACUGAUUUUAUAAGUGUUUAGAAACUGGCCCUGGUUCUUUGGAAAUCUCU